AUUUUUUUGGGACUGAAUACAAAACCAGACGCCAACAACAUUUAACCUAAUUGCAUCGUCACCGUCAAAAUGGUGCCUAGUCAUGUUGGUCACGAAGCAGAUCUGGAUGCAUCUGCUGUGGUUUGGCAGCAGCAUUUCGGCCUGAAUGAGCUCCAGCCUCAAGAUGAAGGCCAAUGGGAAGAGUUAGAGCAGUGGGUAAAGCAAGUUGCACCUCACUUAGUUCUUCCUGCGUCUCGAGAUCCUCGAUUUUUGGAGAGCUUGAAGCGCUUAAAGGUGCGAUACUUGGAACAUACAGCUAUCAACUCUGUCGUUAGUGCUUUCGAAGAUCAACAACAGCUUUCGUAUUCAAGAAAGGAAAAACAGUUGAAAAAGCAGAUGGAUCUUUUAAACAUUGAUAAGGAGCAACUCUCGGCAAUUGGACGCUCAGUUUGUAGAUCGACAGCCAACAUAGCUUGUGCCUUAGAUGUCCAAGACCCGACUUUUUCAAAUAUACAAGCAGCGUUGGCAAGAAUGAACAUGGAAUGCAUGGCACUCAACCUAGAGAAAGAUGAGGUCCAGGAUCAGCGUAUGAGGUUUAAAGAAAAAAUUAGUCAGACGAAGCAGAUAUUUGAUGUAAUGAGCAGAGCAUUAUCGAGCUUAAAUGAGCGUUACGAGACUGUUCAUAAGCACGAAAUCAGCAACUGGAAGACAGAGAUAACUUUGUUGGAUCGAAAAUCGGAAGAGUAUCGUAAUCGAGUUACGACGUUACAGGACGAGUAUGCGACACAAGGACUGGACGAUAACGGUCUCCUCUUUUCCAAGCUUAAAGAAUUUCAGCAAGAAGUCGAAACCCUGGAAAAAAUAAUGGAGGUUAAACAGCAAGAAUUGGCUCAAUUCCUUGAUUUGCCGUUGGAUAUUAAGAUUGCUGCUGGCAAGCUUCGGUCGUUGUAUGAUACUCUGGUAAGAUUUGACAUUUGAAGUUAUGUAGGUAGAUUCAUUGUUGCUGAACGAUUAUCAA